CCGUCACUGCAAAUGGUCAUGUUUACUACACAAACUAAUCAAUUACGAAUAUGUGACGUGUUCAAAUACAGUGAAAAAGUGUGGAAAGUACAAAAUGUAUUUAUUACAAUUCAAUAACAUUUAUAUACUCUCAAUACAGUGUACCUUUUCGGAUUAAUGCUAUAGCUGUAAUAUUACCUAUAUGUACCAUGGUAUGCAAUAAAUGAUUUGUGUGUCAUUUUCAACCUAAAGGAUACUAAUAGUCGGUUGUCAGCAAGGCGCUCUUCCCAUAAUAGUUUCAAGAUGAAAUCGAUCUUAUCGACCACUGAUAAUGCGGUACCUUUUGAUUGAAAAUGUCACAAUUAGUUUUCAACUUAGGACAGCAGUAAUGUGAGGUCUAAGAAUUUGUUUCAUAAAGUGUUAAUAAUCGGCCGAGAUGGACGUGAGGAAUCGCUACCAUCGCCAGAAAUGUUGUUGUGUACGAGUGGAGAAGAUAUGUUAUAUUUUUGCCAUAAUUAACGUAAUCAUCAUAAUCCUCUCAGUCCUCGCCUGCAUCGCCACAGAAGCGCUCAUCGUGACCAGACUGGCAAUCAGUGUCAUUCAGAUCAACUUCUCACAAUUCUUGCCUACUUGGAUCGUCAUAUUGCCUAUUUACGCUGUAGCCUGCUUCCUGAUAGUUUCUGCGGUUUUUGCAGUGUUAUUGCUUCAAGGAAUUCGUUUGAGCAAGCCUAAACUGGUCCUGGCGUACCUAUUUUUCGGAUUGGUCGUGGAAACAAUAAUGAUCUUCUCUGCUGCCAUCUCCAUAGCCUUCGUCACGGUUAUAAGAGUCCCUGGACAAAAUAAUGACCUUAUAAAUUUUGGAAUAGCUCUGGCAUUCGGUAUAUGUGCUACACAUUACGUUUAUCAAGAGUCAUGCGUUGUAUUCCAGUGGAGGCGAUAUGUUUCUUCCAUGGAAUCAUCAACUGUGUGCUGUCUAUAUUCGGUGUGGUGACCCUGUCGCUGGCCCGGAUUAUUUUGGAUCCUGGAGAAGUUUUCGUGGAUAGUAUAAAUAACUCCGGUUUCCAAGACGGUGUGUAAAGUUCUUGUGAUAUUAAGUAUUCGGUACCCCCUUUCUUCCCGUGGGUGUCGUAGAAGGCGACUACUAAAUACCCAUAGUACUUAACUACUUACACGCUUCGCUUAGUGUGUCCCCCAAUAUUUCUUUGUUUAUUUGUAACCAGGAUAUGACC